CUCGAUAAUUUUUAAGUAAAAGUUUUUUUUUUUCGUUAGCUAUCGAUUUAACAAAAAUUAAUCGUUUACUGCACAAAGACUAGAGCUUUUGUUUUUAUAUGUUUCGUAAAAGACGUGUCUUACUGGAGUUUUGGUUUGCCAAGUUAUUUUUUUUUACGUAUUAACUAUGACAAAUAUAGAAGAUAACUCUUCAAUUUCGAAUGUAAUACAAAUAACGGAAGUAUCAACAAUAGUGGAGAACAGUAACAGUAGCAGUGGAAAAAUAUCUUCACCAAUAAUAGUUUCAAACACUAUUAUUAAUAACCACCGCAAUAAUAAUCAUUUAUCAUCACCAAGAUCUCCAACACCGCCAGUAACAACUUCAACCUCUGGCAAUAAUACACUAGCAACCUUAGUACUUAAAGAUGGUAGUUGUUUUCAGGGAUUUUCAUUUGGUGCAGAAGUAAAAAGUGUAUCAGGUGAAUGCGUAUUUCAAACUGGAAUGGUUGGGUAUCCAGAAUCCUUAACCGAUCCAUCAUAUAGAGGACAAAUAUUAGUAUUGACAUUUCCACUAAUUGGAAAUUAUGGUGUGCCAUCCCGUGAUGAGACGGAUGAUUUAGGCUUAAAAAAAUACUUUGAAUCAAAUGAAAUUCAUGUAACCGGUUUAAUUAUCGGACAAUAUUCUCAGGAUUUUUCUCAUUAUUUGGCUAAAUCUUCUCUAUCUGACUGGCUUAAAGAAAAUAAUGUUCCUGCUUUAUAUGGAAUUGAUACUCGUGCUCUUACUAAAAAAAUUCGUACCAAAGGUGUUUUGUUGGGUAAAAUACUUUUCCCAAAACGUGUGGUGGGUGAUAAUUUAACAUCACUUUCAGUUGAUAAUAUAUCCAAACAGCCUUGGAUUAAUGACUAUCAAGACGUCCCCUGGAUUGAUCCAAAUGAUAGAAAUCUCGUUGCUGAAGUUUCGAUCAAGGAACCAAAGUUAUAUACACCUGAUCCAGCAAAAACUAUUAAAGGAUCCAACGGUAAAACGUUGCGCAUUUUAGCGGUGGAUGUUGGUAUGAAAUUUAAUCAAAUUCGGUGCUUUGUAAAUCGUGGUGUAGAAGUCAAGGUUGUUCCUUGGGAUUAUGACUUCAACAAAGAGAAAGAUUAUGAUGGUUUAUUUAUUAGUAACGGUCCCGGUGAUCCAACUAUGGUUACAAUCACUAUUGACCAUCUUAAAACAGCAUUGCAAGAGGCUAAAACUCCAAUUUUCGGAAUUUGUAUGGGACACCAGUUGUUAGGUAUAGCAUCCGGUGCUCAAACAAUAAAAAUGAAAUAUGGUAAUCGCGGUCACAACAUUCCGUGUACAGAUAUGAUUUCAGGUCGUUGUUAUAUUAGUUCACAAAAUCAUGGGUAUGCAGUUAACGCGGAAACGUUAUCAGAAGAUUAUUUGGAAUUUUUUGUAAAUGCAAAUGAUGGAUCUAACGAAGGAAUUAUACAUAAAACACUUCCAAUAUUUUCUGUGCAAUUUCAUCCUGAAUCAACUCCAGGACCAAGAGAUGCAGAAUAUUUGUUUGAUGUGUUUAUUGAUAGUGUUAGAAAAUCUAAUAUAACCGGAAAACUAGCACCCAUUGAAAUUCCUGGUGGUACUAAAGAAGAAAAUUCAAUGAAAAAUCCUCGUGUUAAUGUUAGGAAAGUAUUGGUUUUGGGUAGUGGUGGAUUAAGUAUUGGUCAAGCUGGUGAGUUCGAUUAUUCAGGAAGUCAGGCUAUAAAAGCUUUGAAAGAGGAGGGCAUAUAUACAAUAUUGAUUAACCCAAACAUUGCUACUAUACAAACAUCUCAUUCACUCGCUGACAAAGUAUAUUUCUUACCGGUAAAUCCGGAUUUUGUUCGUAAAGUUAUAAAACAUGAAAAACCUGAUGGAAUUUAUGUUACAUUCGGAGGACAGACAGCAUUAAGUGUAGGAAUAAAACUUAAAGAUGAAUUCGAGGGAUUAGGUGUAAAAAUAUUAGGUACACCAAUAGAAACUAUUAUAAUGACAGAAGAUAGAGAGUUAUUCGCACAAAAAAUGUUAGAAAUAAAAGAAAAAUGUGCAAAAUCUGCUUCAGCAACAAAUACACAAGAAGCAUUAUGUGCAGCAAAAGAAAUUGGUUAUCCAGUAAUUUGUAGAGCUGCUUAUGCACUUGGAGGUUUAGGUAGUGGAUUUGCUGAAAAUGAAGCACAAUUACGUGACCUUUGUUCAAAAGCUUUUGCUGUUAGUCCUCAAGUUUUAAUUGAAAGAAGUAUGAAGGGUUGGAAAGAAAUUGAAUACGAAGUUGUUAGAGAUUGUCGUGAUAAUUGUAUUACAGUUUGUAAUAUGGAGAAUUUUGAUCCUCUAGGAAUUCAUACAGGUGAUUCUAUUGUGGUAGCACCUUCUCAAACCCUUUCGGACGAAGACUUCAAUAUGCUUCGUUCCACAGCUAUAAAUGUUAUAAGACAUCUCGGUGUAAUAGGGGAAUGUAAUAUCCAAUAUGCAUUAAAUCCUUUUUCAAAGGAAUAUUGUAUUAUUGAAGUAAAUGCUCGAUUAUCAAGGUCAUCUGCAUUGGCGUCAAAAGCUACAGGUUAUCCGUUAGCUUUUGUAGCAGCAAAAUUAGGAUUGAGUAUCCCAUUGAACGAAAUUAGUAAUUCAGUAACGAAAGUUACUUGUGCUUGCUUUGAGCCAAGUUUAGAUUAUGUCGUUGUUAAAAUUCCAAGAUGGGAUUUAAAGAAAUUUACUCGUGUUAACAAGGCAUUAAGUUCUUCUAUGAAAUCUGUUGGUGAGGUUAUGAGUAUUGGAAGAACAUUUGAAGAAACUAUACAAAAAGCCAUUAGAGCCAUUGACUUUGGGUUCUUGGGAUUUAGUCUUAAUGAUUUAGUUGAUUCUAUUGAUGAAGAACUUGUAAAUCCUUCAGAUUUAAGAUUAUUUGCGAUUGCAAAUGCCUUACAUCAAGGAUACACAGUUGACCAAAUAUGGGAAUAUACAAAAAUCGAUAAAUGGUUUUUACACAAAUUAAAAAAUAUUGUAGAAUUAGAAGCAAAAUUAAAAAAAUUUCAUCAUUAUGAUAUUACAAAGGAGGUUAUUCUUAGUGCCAAACAACUAGGAUUUUCCGACCGUCAAAUAGCAAAAGCCAUUAAUAGCAAUGAAUUGGCUAUUAGAAGAAUUAGACAAGAAUAUGGAAUUAUUCCUUUCGUUAAACAAAUCGAUACAGUUGCUGCCGAAUUUCCUGCUCAUACAAAUUACCUUUAUGUAACCUAUAAUGCUAUAGAGCAUGAUAUUAAUUUUGAAGAAAGAGGUGUUAUGGUACUUGGAUCUGGAGUUUAUAGAAUUGGAAGUUCGGUAGAAUUUGAUUGGUGUGCUGUUCGCGCAAUUCGUACAUUACGCGAACAUGGUAUAAAGACGAUCAUGGUUAACUAUAAUCCGGAAACUGUUAGCACAGAUUACGAUGAGGCCGACAGACUCUAUUUCGAAAAUAUUACUUUAGAACGUGUAUUGGAUAUCUAUGAAAUCGAAAGUUCUUGUGGUGUAAUUAUUUCUAUGGGAGGUCAAAUACCAAAUAAUAUUGCAUUGCCACUUCACAGGCAAAAUGUAAAAAUUUUAGGCACAUCACCCGAAAUGAUUGAUACAGCAGAGAAUAGAUAUAAGUUUUCGCGUAUGUUGGAUCAAAUUGGAGUUGAUCAACCGGAAUGGAAAGAGUUAACGAGCUAUGAGGAAGCUCAAGAGUUUUGUGAUAAAGUACAAUAUCCCGUACUUGUUCGACCAUCUUAUGUAUUAUCUGGGGCUGCUAUGAAUGUAGUUUAUUCUUCGGAUGACCUUUCAAAUUAUCUUAAUCAAGCAACAGCGGUUUCGCGUGAUCAUCCCGUCGUUAUUUCGAAAUAUAUUGAAGAAGCGAAAGAAAUUGAAAUGGACGCUGUUUCACUCGAUGGGAAAAUGGUAAUGCACGUUAUAUCAGAGCAUGUUGAAAACGCUGGAGUACAUUCGGGUGAUGCUACACUUGUUUUACCUCCACAAGAUCUUGAUCCUGAAACAGUACGUAAAAUUGAAUCAGCAACACAAGAAAUCGGUAAUGCUCUUAAUGUUACAGGACCUUUUAAUAUUCAAUUUAUAGCAAAAAAUAAUGAUAUUAAAGUUAUUGAAUGUAAUGUUAGAGCUUCUAGAUCGUUUCCUUUCGUAAGUAAAGUAAUAGGAGUCGAUUUAAUUGAAAUGGCUACAAUGGGAAUGAUGGGAUUGCCUAUUGAACCUUAUCCAACUAUAACCUUACCAAAAAAUUACGUUGCUGUUAAAGUUCCACAAUUUAGUUUUAGUAGAUUAUCCGGAGCUGAUCCUGUUCUUGGUGUAGAAAUGGCUUCAACAGGGGAGGUUGCUUGUUUUGGCAGAGAUAAAUAUGAAGCUUACAUUAAAGCUUUAAUUUCUACUGGAAUUACAAUUCCAAAGAAAAAUAUUUUACUUUCAAUUGGAUCAUACAAAGAAAAGAAUGAAAUGUUACCUUCGGUACAAAAGCUUCACCAAAUGGGAUUUCAUUUGUUUGCUACCUCUGGUACAGCUGAUUAUCUUCAAGAACAUGGAUUACCUGUAAAAUAUUUAGAAACUUUAGAUGAAGCUGAAGAUAAAUUGAAAUCAGAAUAUUCUUUACAAGUACAUUUAGCAAAUAAUUUAAUUGAUUUAUAUAUUAAUUUACCAUCUAAGAAUAAAUAUCGUCGUCCGGCAAGUUAUAUGAGUAAAGGAUAUAAAACACGUAGAAUGGCAGUAGAUUAUGAUAUUCCUUUAAUCACAAAUGUCAAAUGCGCGAAAUUAUUUGUAGAAGCUCUUUCGCGUAAAAUUGAUUUUGAAAUAUUAAAUAUUGAUUAUAAAACUAGUCAUAAAAGAGUUACACUACCUGGUCUAAUUAAUAUCUCUGCUUUCGUCCCUCAUGUCACUGAGCAAAAUAGUGAUGAAUUCGCUCAAGUAACAAAAGCUUCUUUAGCUGCGGGUUUCACCACAAUCAAUAUUUUACCCAUAGGAAGUACGGAUUGUUUACAAGAUGCGCGUACUAUUGCUAUAGCGCACAGUAACGGGAAAUUUAAUGCACAUUGUGAUUAUUCUUUAUCCGUAGCUGUUACUGAAAAUAAUAGCUCUCAAUUAACAAAAGUCGUGCCGGAUGCCGCAUCAUCAUUUAUUCCGUUUACAACCCUUCAAGGGGCAACUAUACCAAAGAUUGCUACUGUAUCAACUCACUUUAGUACUUGGCCUUUACUUUCUCCUAUUGUAACUGAUGCCAAAGGAACGGAUUUAGCAUCUGUUUUAUUGUUGGCUAAUUUAUAUAAUCGUGCUGUACACGUUACGAGCGUUAGCACUAAGGAAGAUAUUGUGUUAAUAGCUUUAAGCAAAGAAAAAGGAUUAAAAGUUACUUGUGAUGUUGCUGUUUAUGCAUUGUUUUUGAAUACGAAUGAAAUUCAAAAUAGUGAGAAUUUACUCCCAACUCCCGCGGAUCAAGCCGCUUUAUGGGAACAUUUGGAGGAUAUUGAUUGUUUUACUGUUGGUACUUUGCCUUAUAGACUUGCUCAAGCACUUGGUAAAAAUAGUACGGCAAGUACAGGAAUAGAAGAUACUAUACCAUUACUUACAAAUUCUAUUAAUGAAGGCAAAUUGACUUUGGAUGAUAUUCAAAAACGACUUUAUACAAAUCCGCAAAAGAUAUUUGAUAUACCAGAACAACCAGAUACUUAUGUUGAAGUUGAAAUUGAUCGUAAAGUUGUAAUUACAAAAAAAGAAGAAAAUUGGUCGCCAUUUAUUGGUAAGACGCUUGUUGGUGCAGUAAGUCGUGUGGUAUUAAGAGGGGAAACAGUAUUUCUUGAUGGCGGAUUAUUUUCUUCUGGUAAUAAUGGUAAAGACAUAUCAACUUUAACUCAUGUUAUUGCUAAAACUCCUGCUGUUAAAGAAUCCUUAUCUGUUAAAGAGUCAAUAACUCAAACACAGCAACAAGAAGUGGUCCCUGCACAAACUUCUCAAUUUGUUGCUAGUAAUAUAACUGAUGUUAUGUCACCCCCUAUGGGGCCUAGAGAAUUUAGAUCAAAUUCAAUAACAUUAGACUUUUCUGAACUUCCUCAUUCUAUUUUAACCACAAAUAUAACAUCUAUCAUUAGUCAUUCUCCAUUUUUCCGUAAGAAUAUACUUACGGUUAAGGAUUUUACGCGAAAUGAUCUUCAUUUAUUAUUUAGUGUUGCUCAUGAAAUGCGUACAUUAGUAGAACGUUAUGGUUCAAUUAAUUUAUUACAAGGACGUGUGAUGUUUACUUUAUUUUAUGAACCAUCAACAAGAACUUCAGCUUCUUUUGAAGCUGCUAUGAAUAGAUUAGGAGGGCGUGUUGUUUCUAUUAAAACAGAUUCUUCUUCAGUAACAAAAGGUGAAUCAUUAAGUGAUACUAUAAGGACUGUUGGCUCUUAUGGUGACAUUAUAAUAUUGAGACAUCCAGAACCAGGUAGUUCAAAAACCGCUGCAAAAUAUUCCCCUGUUCCCAUAAUAAAUGCUGGUGAUGGUACCGGAGAACAUCCAACUCAGGCUUUCCUUGAUGUAUAUACAAUUCGAGAAGAAUUAGGUACCGUUAAUGGAUUAACAGUAACGUUAUUAGGUGAUUUAAAGAAUGGAAGAACGGUACAUAGUUUAGUUAGGAUAUUAUCAAAGUAUCAUAUAACGUUGAACUAUGUUAGUCCAGCAUCAUUACGUAUGCCAGAUGAUGUUAAAAAUGAAAUUCGUAAAAGUGGAAUAAAUCAAAGAGAAUACACCGAUUUACAUGAAGUUAUAUCUGAUACAGACGUAUUAUAUGUAACUAGAAUACAACGCGAGCGUUUUAUGGAUUUAUCAGAAUAUGAAAUGGUUAAAGAUGCUUAUAUUAUUAAUAAUGCUAUUUUAAGUAAUUCUAAACCACAAAUGAUAGUUAUGCAUCCUUUGCCUAGAGUUAAUGAAAUUGAUCACGAAGUAGAUUUUGAUGAUAGAGCUGCUUAUUUUAGACAAAUGAGGUAUGGAAUGUUUGUUAGAAUGGCUUUAUUAGCUUUGAUAUUGGGUAAAUCAAAUUAAAAUAAUCAGUAAUCAAGUUAUUCAAGUAACAAUUUUAAUAAUCAAAUAUCUGUGGAAAUGGAAAUAAUAUUUGUACAAUUUAUGGAAAAAAUUAAAUUAGCUAAAUAAAAAGUAUUAUUUGUUAUUUUUAAUGCGCUUUCGUCUCCUGAAAAUAAAUAGU